CCAGAAACCAUGGUUCAUUUUACAGCUGAGGAAAAGGCUGUUGUCACAAGCCUAUGGAACAAGGUGAAUGUGGAAGAAGCUGGAGGAGAAGCCCUGGGAAGACUCCUAGUUGUCUAUCCCUGGACCCAGAGGUUCUUUGACAACUUUGGCAACCUGUCCUCUGCCUCUGCCAUCAUGGGCAAUCCCAAGGUCAAGGCCCAUGGCAAGAAGGUGCUGACCUCCUUUGGAGAAGCUAUAAAAAACAUGGAUGAUCUCAAGGGUGCCUUUGCUAAGCUGAGUGAGUUGCACUGUGACAGACUGCACGUGGAUCCUGAGAACUUCAAGCUCCUGGGAAAUGUACUGGUUAUUGUCUUGGCAAACCAUUUUGGCAAGGAAUUCACCCCCCUGGUGCAGGCUGCCUGGCAGAAGGUGGUGGCUGGAGUGGCCACUGCCCUGGCAUACAAGUACCACUGA